GAUACUUUCUUCUAAAAUAAAGUAUCGAUAUAGUUAUCUAUUAUUUGCCAGCCCUAUUGUCAAAGUGUUACGAGAGAACGAGUGAAGGCUCAUUUUUUGGCCAAUUUUCCUUCAAAUUUACUAAAAUGAAUAAAAUUUGCAAAAGUUUCAUAUCGGUCCUUAGCCAUGGCAACCUGGAAAAGACCUAUUCAUCAGCUGCCGUUUUAGGAAGACAUCUUUCAUUCAGAAGUGACUUGUCAUUGGAUAAACUUUAUCCCAACAGUCGUUUGCAACUUUACACGCCGCCACCGCCCUCCAACAAGGAUGACAAAUUUUCCGGCUUUAUACCAAUAAAUAAAUUGGAAAUCACCUACAGCCGCAGUUCGGGUCCCGGUGGUCAGCAUGUCAAUACGGUGAACACAAAGGUUGACGUACGCUUCAAAUUGGCCGAGGCUGAUUGGAUUCCAGAAAAAACACGCCAAAAGCUUUUAAAUUCGCUGCAAAAUAAAAUAACCAAAGAAGGUUACUAUGUAGUCAAGAGUGAUUUGACCCGGUCACAACAAAUGAAUUUGGCCGAUGCCUUAGAGAAAUUGCGCGCACUAAUUAGAGAAUAUGAAAUUGAGGCUCCACCACCAUCCGAAGAAACUUUGGAAAAAUUACGUAAAAGACAAGAGAAAGCUGCCCGUGAACGUCUCUUUCAAAAACGUCAAAGAUCACAGACCAAAGCUGAUCGCCAAGGACCCUCAAUAGCUGAUUUAUAAAGCAAUAUGAAUAUUUGAUUAUUUUCUGUUAUUAUCCUUAAAAACCCGUGUUGUUAUUUGUACAAAAGAAGAAGAAAAAUAAAACAACGAGAUAUUCUCAAUUGAAAACACCUGAGGGAAAUCAA